AUGGGGAACGCUUUAAAAAAGUUACGACCCAAUAAUCAAAAUUUUAAUCAUUCUUCAUCGAACUCAAACUCAUCUGCUAUUUUCUCAUAUGGUCCCGACCAUGAACUAGAUGUUGACAUAGAAAACGCUAGCUUAAGGCAUAAUAUUGUUCGUGAACUGUUCAAAGGGAAUAUUUCUUCUCCUAUUCAUGAUGAAUUAAAAUAUGGCGGGCUUAGAAUAUUAGAUGUUGGAUGUGGUUCAGGUACUUGGCUAUUUGAAGUAUCAUCCGACUAUCCACUUUGUGAAUGCAUUGGAAUGGAUAAGACAAAGAUGCUUGUUGACAAUAAACCAAAAAAUGUGAAUUUUGUUUUGGCUGAUAUUCUGGAAGGAUUUCCAUUCUGCGAUAAUUCAUUCGACUUCGUAUACGUGCGCAACUUAUCAUAUGAUCUAACAGAAUCUCAAUGGAUUUAUUUAAUUAAUGAAUGUAUUCGAGUCUUAAAAUCGGGUUGUUAUAUUGAGAUAACAGAAACCGAGCUUUAUAUGAACAAUGCCGGUCCUAUUAUGAAAAAGAUGGUGGAUAAUGUGCUUCAAUUUCUUUCUUCUAGGGGCGUAAACCUUCAAAUAACCAGUAGAAUUCAAGAGGUUCUAGAAUCUACUCGAAGGUUACAGGGAAUUAUUCAUAUUUGUCGCCCAUUUCCUAUGGGUUCUUGGUGCAAAGAGCUGAAAUAUGCAUGCGAGACAUAUAGUUAUGAUAUAAUGCGUGGAAUCUCUGCAAAAUUUGGCGAUGUGAAGACAAAAAAAGAAAAUGAAGAAAAGUUACAAAAGCUUGUUGCAGAAGCCAAUAAUUAUAGAUCAUAUUUUGGUAUACACAAAUUUUACGGAAAAAAGGUUUAA